ACCCGUACGUGCGGUCAGAGAGCUAUCUGGGGUGGCAUUGGAGUUGGAGCCGGCCUGACAGCACCAGAGAGAGGGUUGCCGACAUGGGAGAAGCGGCAGACCGCGAGCGGCCGCCGUGGCGCUGCACGGUAGCCGUGCAGGCCGCGCUCUGCCUCGCGCUCUACGCGGCCUUCAGCCUCGGCGAGCCGCAGCUCAUCCCGCGGGGCGGGGUGGACGCACUCGGGCGGGGCGCGCGCGGCGGCGGCGUCGCCUUCCUCAGCGUCGCUGGCGGCGCGCGCGGACCCAUCGACCAGGAGAGGCUCCUGAGGCAGAUGGAGACCACAGCAAAGCUUUAUGAAGUCAAGUUCGUGCUGGAUGUUACUCAACUGGGAGCGGAUGAUCCACUCUGGCAAAAUGGUUCCAUGUACUUCCAGGCUCUGAACAUCCCGUGGUACUCCACUUCAUCACAUGGGCGGACGGUUGGUAACUUUUUGAAGAAAGUGAAGAUGCCCUACGAUCAGGUUCUAGAUAUUAUUGGUCUGGGCACAUGGCCUCUGCAGGAACCUCUACAUGGUGGCAGGAUAAGCACUUCUUACAAGGGACAAAUUAAAUGGUUGGAUCGAUUACUAGCACUCACUGAAAGCAAUUGGAAAAUAGUUGUUGGAUAUAAUCCAUUACUUGUUUGCAAUGGGAAAGAAACAACAAAGCUCGAUGUGCCAUUUCAACAUAUUUUUGCAAAAUAUGAAGUGAAUGCAUACAUAAGCAUGGGCGGGUCUUGUGGCUACUUCCAUCGAGACAACUCGAUACUGUACAUUGGACACCCCAGGAGCCCUGGUGGUGCCCAAACAAGUGUAGAUGGUUUUUUCUUGCACAGAGUUAGACCCCUCGAGAUGGAGUCAAUGUUGAUAAAUGUAGAAGGCAAGCUAGUUCAGAGAUCUGAUGUUCAGCAGCAUGGAACGGGAGCCAUGUGAACCUCACAACUUUCAGUUUCUGUUCCAUUAUGUCGUAGCGCCGAACAAAGGCGUGACAUAAUGUUGUGUUGUAUUGUAUUCAUUCAGUUUAAAAAAAGCUGCAUUAGAUUUUUGUCAUUUUGCCUGUUUCAACAUGUUUGAGUUUGUAGGUAGUCUUUAUCAUUAUUUACAAACAUACAAGAGUUCACUAUCACAUGCAGAGUGCUGCC